CUUAAACCCUAGCAUAUUCGUCAGCAAAGGAAAACCCUAGACAGUAAACUAAAAUCCCUUGAGUUCCGAUUCUCGCUCAGGGGAUUCCAACUUUUCCCCUCCCUAGAAAAUGGAACCCCUUAAACUGAAGGCUAACUACCGCUGCGUCCCUGCCCUUCAGCAGUUCUACGCCGGCGGUGCCUAUGCCGUCUCCUCCGACGCGUCCUUCAUCGUAUGCGCCUCUGCCGAUUCCAUCAACAUCGUUGACUCCGCCACCUCCUCCAUCCGCUCCACCCUCGACGGCGACUCAGAGUCCGUCACUGCCCUCACACUCAGCCCCGACGACAAGCUCCUCUUCUCUUCCAGCCACAGCCGCCAAAUCAGGGUUUGGGAUCUCUCCACACUCAAAUGCGUCCGCUCCUGGAAGGGUCAUGAUGGUCCUGUUAUGUGCAUGGCGUGUCACCCUUCUGGAGGGUUGCUCGCUACCGGUGGAGCUGAUAGGAAGGUGCUUGUUUGGGAUGUGGAUGGUGGAUACUGCACUCAUUACUUCAAAGGUCAUGGUGGAGUUGUUUCUUGUAUUAUGUUCCAUCCUGAUCCUGAAAAACAGCUUCUUUUUUCUGGCAGUGAUGAUGGUGGCGAUCAUGCAACUUUGAGAGUUUGGGAUGUUUCCAAGACAAAGAAAAAGAACUGCAUUGCAACACUAGAUAAUCAUCGCUCAGCUGUGACUUCCUUGGCAGUAUCUGAAGAUGGAUGGACAUUGCUUAGUGCUGGAAGAGAUAAGGUUGUAACAUUGUGGGACCUUCAUGAUUAUAGCUGCAAGAAGACUGUCAUCACAAAUGAGGCAGUUGAAGCUGUUUGCGUGGUUGGAUCUGGGAGUCCGUUCGCUGCAUCUCUGGACUUAUAUGGGAAAAAUGCAAAAAAACGAGCUGUUGCUCAAGCAUUCUAUUUUGUUACGGUUGGUGAAAGAGGCAUUGUGCACAUAUGGGGUUCUGAAGGUGCAGUUUGCUUGUUUGAGCAAAAGGUUUCAGAUGUUACAGCCAGUACAGAUGAAGAUGGCUUGCGAAGAGGUUUUAUUUCUGCUGUUAUGCUUCCCUCAGAUCAAGGGCUGCUUUGUGUGACUGCAGAUCAACAGUUUUUAUUUUACUCUCUGGAGAGCACUGUAGAGUUGUUGCAAUUAAAUCUAACCAAAAGAUUGGUAGGAUAUAAUGAAGAGGUUGUGGAUAUGAAGUUUGUAGGGGAUGAUGAAAAGUUCCUUGCUCUUGCUACUAAUCUUGAGCAGGUUCGGGUUUAUGACCUUGCAUCUAUGUCAUGUUCCUAUGUCUUAUCUGGUCAUACUGAAAUUGUUGUAUGCCUUGACACCUGUGUAUCAAGUUCUGGUAGAUCACUGAUUGUGACUGGAAGUAAAGACAACAGUGUUAGAUUGUGGGAAGCAGAAAGUAAAAGCUGCAUUGGAGUUGGCAUAGGUCACAUGGGAGCUGUUGGAGCUGUUGCUUUUUCAAAAAGAAAACGGGACUUCUUCGUUAGUGGUAGUAGUGAUCAUACUCUUAAAGUGUGGAGCAUGAAUGGUCUUUCAGAUGAUAUGACAAUGGCAAUUAAUUUAAAAGCAAAAGCUGUUGUUGCUGCACAUGAUAAAGACAUCAAUUCUGUAGCUAUUGCUCCAAACGAUAGUUUAGUAUGUAGUGGUUCUCAGGAUCGUACAGCUUGUAUUUGGAGACUUCCGGAUCUUGUAUCUGUAGUUGUUCUUAGAGGGCAUAAGAGGGGAAUUUGGUCUGUCGAAUUUUCUCCUGUUGAUCAGUGUGUUGUAACAGCAUCUGGGGAUAAGACAAUAAGGAUAUGGGCUAUAUCCGAUGGCUCAUGUCUGAAGACAUUUGAAGGACACACUUCAAGUGUGUUACGAGCAUUGUUUGUUACUCGAGGAACACAAAUUGUGUCCUGCGGGGCUGAUGGUUUGGUAAAGCUAUGGACUGUAAAGACUAAUGAAUGUGUUGCGACUUAUGAUAAUCAUGAAGACAAGGUUUGGGCCUUGGCUGUAGGUAGGAAGACGGAAAUGCUUGCAACUGGUGGCAGUGAUGCUGUUGUCAAUCUAUGGUAUGAUUCCACUGCAGCAGACAAAGAAGAAGCUUUCCGCAAAGAGGAAGAGGGGGUUUUGAAAGGUCAAGAGCUACAGAAUGCUAUCUCUGAUGCUGACUAUACUAAAGCUAUCCAACUUGCAUUUGAGCUGCGAAGACCCCAUAAGCUUUUUGAGUUAUUUGCAGGCAUUUGCAGGAAAAGAGGGGCUGAAGAUCAUAUAGACAGAGCACUAAAGGGCUUGGGUGGUGAAGAGCUUCGUGUAUUAUUUAAUUAUGUUCGAGAAUGGAAUACAAAACCAAAGCGCUGUUAUGUUUCACAGUUUGUGCUUUUCAGAGCUUUCAACAUCUUUCCUCCAACAGAAAUAGUUCAGAUUAAAGGGAUUGGUGAACUUCUUGAAGGUCUUAUCGCGUAUAGCCAGAGGCACUUUGUCCGGAUAGACAGACUUGUAAGAAGCACAUUUUUGUUAGACUACAUUCUAUCAGGAAUGUCAGUUAUCGAACCAGAGAAUCAACAAACAGAAUUUACGGCAGAGAUUCCUUUGCAGUCUGACAACAUUAUAGAUAAACAGCACGUUGUUGAGGAGGAAGAUCCUCAAAAAAAUGCUACUGUUUCAAAGAAAAGGAAAAAAUCAAGCAAAUCAAGACACGGUUCCAUUAAGAAAGUGAAGGACGUAGCUUACAAGAAGGUUGAAACUAUACAGUUACUGGCAUAGGAGUUAAUGCUCUCAUCCGUGUAAGAGAUGUUUUGGUCUGAUUUUGAAAUGUUAGUAUCGUUUUACAAUUGUAUAAGCUGAAAUAUUGCUGUCAAUUUUGAGAUGUAAGCUUAGCUGAUGUAGUUGUAUCCCUAUUUCAUUCUUCAUUGUAGAUUACCUUUUCAAGUCAUGCUCUGAAUGUGAAAUAGAAAUUUUGCUUCA